AUCAGUAUACACAGAUAUGACAUAGUUUAAUCUGCUACAAUGAAUAUGAUACAUAAAUGAUGAGUACCUAGUUACGCAGCAAUUUUUUUACCGGGAGGAACCGUUCAAAAAACUUACCUGUUUAUAAACCCAACAUCGUUAAUUGCAGAGCAACACUCAUCCGCAAUGGCGUUUCGUGUUCAACUGAAGGGUCUGUUUCUGUGGUGUUUGAUGAGUAUUUUAUGUUCCACAAGCGUUGCGCAGAGUCAGAUAGAGAUUUCGCAGGGGAUUUUGCAGGGUAUUACCCUAAGAAGUUAUCGUGGUCGAGAUAUUUCGGCAUACUUGGCGAUUCCUUACGCAGAACCACCCGUUGGGCCACUCAGAUUCGCAAAGCCUGUACCAGCAGGUAAGUGGGACGGAAUUCUGAACGCCACGAGAGACGCAAACAGCUGCCUUCAAAGUUCGUCCAAUCAGUUCAUUGGGGCGGAGGACUGUUUGUAUUUGAACGUCUACGUACCGCAGCUUGCGAAUGACAAUAUAUCAUCCUUACUCCCGGUGAUGGUGUACGUUCACGGAGGAGGAUACAAAGAGGGAAGUGGCUCAUCUUUAACGUAUGGGCCGCAGUAUAUCCUCGACAAAGACGUUGUUCUGGUGACUAUCAACUACCGUUUAGGGGUAUUUGGAUUUCUAAGUUCUGGUGACGAAGUCGCGCCCGGAAAUUGGGGACUCAAAGAUCAGGUCCUCGCCUUGAAAUGGGUACAGGACAACAUUGAAAAUUUUGGUGGAGAUCCUGACCAUGUGACAAUAUUCGGCGAGAGUGCUGGUGGUGCUUCUGUCCACUUUUUGAGUUUGUCACCUUCCACGGAAGAACUCUUUCAUAAAUUCAUCGCGCAGAGCGGAUCGGCUGUUGCGCCACGGUCCUGCCGAUCCUUACAUGAAAGUGGGAUUCAGGGAUUUCAAUUCGGUGAAUAUGCCGGUUGUUCGAGUGACACUUCGGAUGCUCUGAUUUCCUGUUUGAGGACUGGCAACUUGUCAAUGAUUUUGGAUGCAUACGUGAACUAUACUUCUGGCGAAUGGAUACCAACUAUUGAGUCUGGCAUCGACGACGCUUUUAUCGUUGACAGUCCAGCUCAUUUAUACGCCAAUGGGCAGAUACGCGAUUUGCCUUGGCUCACUGGUGUCGUUCGAGACGAAGCGAUUGUACUGCUCGGAGGGGCUUACGGGAAUGAGGAGAUAGCACGUUCCACGAUUGAAAAUAUCAACUCUGUCUUGGCUUCGCAUGUUGGCGUGUCGUAUGAUACUGAAACCGGUAAAGCUGUGGUGGAUGCCAUCAAGUCAUACUACUUCAACGACGAUUUUUCAGGAAGCCUCCGAGUGCUCAUUGACAGAUUAUCGCUAUUCAUCAGCGGCAUUGACUUUUUCUAUCCAGCUUUGAAUGGCAUCAGACAACACGUUGCGGUGGUUAACAGUCCGCAAUAUUUCUACGCAUUUGAGUACCGAGGCGCCUUCAGCUUCAGUUUGUCCUUUACCGGCUCUCCGGAGAACUUCGGCGUUGCGCAUGCUGAUGAUCUCAUAUAUCUAUUUCCUACUUUCCCCUUAGGAACCGAAUCAGAAACAAGUAUGAACUCCGAUGAAGAGAUGAUGCAGAGCAUGGUAGAAUUGUGGACGUCAUUUGCGAUCAAUGGAAUCCCAACGGCAUCGGCUCUUAAUGGAAGCUCAUGGAACGCUUACUCUGCGGAGGAGGACAACUACUUGAGAAUUGGAAAUAAUUCCGACCCGUCACUCAAAAUGGAGCAUUCUUGGCAUGUACAAGAAAUGGAGUUUUUAGCCGAUAUCAUCAGAAGGGCAUCCGAAUCGGAUAAUUCAGUCGCUGGUACAUCUCCAAGUUUACUCUUUAUUCUUGCGAUCGGCUGUUUCCAAUUUAUCUCAACGGGAUUCAACUUUUCGUAGCUAACUAGCUGGCCCGUUCCAGCUUCGAAUGAAUAGACGAAUCUAACAAUGAGUUAAAUGUACAUGGACAAAAAAAUAUUGAUAAAGAAAAAAAUGUGGAAAAUCUAAAAGUGCACACCUCUUUCGCUGAUGUUGUUAUAUACGCUAGACUCACAAUUUAAUACUGUUUUAAAUGGAAACUUGAUGCAAUUCGACCGUAGUAAUAGCGGAAAAUACGGUACAAUCGUGACUGACUUCCACAACAAAUCAACGGAUGUCAGAGACAAAAUAAUUUGUGUUUCACAAUCAGGGUGUAUAGUAAAGUAAAAAAUAGCAUAGAGAAACCGUGUGGCAAGAAUCUUGUCGAUCGGUGAUAUCAAAAAAAUCAAGGAUCGUUGAAUGGCGCUCACCGAUGGCAGCUGUGCGUUUUGAGAUAAUCGAAAUUGCUGGAUGGACUCUUGUCUCUAGUGAACUUGUUUUCAUUAUGUAAGUGUUGCAUGAAAUCAGUUACAAUGAUUGAAGCUCAAGAAAUCUUAGACUGAUAAUAGAACCCAACCUCCCCCGCUUCACGUCCGAGACGUGCAAUAUAUCAGUCGAGAUAUCAGUAUUAUUAUGUGUUCUGAAUUGAGUAAUGACUAAUAUUUUUAUAGUAAGUCAUUUUCUGGUAAAUCCAACUAUGUGGCCAUUGUACGCCGAUAAAACAACCAAGCGGAAUUGAUUCUUGCGACUUACUUCACGAGUUUCAAGAUUUCCAACUAAAAGCAAAUAAAAUAUUUUUUUCAUUUAA